GUUGUUCGUGCUCAGCUGAUCUUGAGAAGUUAGAGUUUUCGGUAUUAUUUAUGCACUUGAAUCGCCAAUUUCAUGUUUAAGUCACAGAGACAUCCAUAAUGGAUAUGUAGUAAGAGUUCUGCUUAUUUUUCAGUAUUGUUUUUGUUUUUAACUUGUGUAAAGUGUUGGAAAUAUUCGAAGUAAAGUGAAUUAAGUGAAAAAUUUUAGUAAUCAUGAAAAUGGUUGAGCACAUUAUGCUUUAAUUUGUGAAUGUUAGGGGAAUGAAAUUUAUGAAAAACAAUGGCAAAUGAAGACUUCAAUUUUUCGGAAUUGUGCAGAUUAUGUUCCCUGAAGAGUAAUCAGCAAAUGCCGAUAUUUGAUAAAGAGGGCGAACGAAGAAAGCUUCUAAUUAAAAUACGUUCUUGUAUACCUGCCGUAAUAUCAAAAGAAGAUUCAUUGCCGAAAAACAUUUGUCAAAGAUGUGUUUACAAGUUGGACAUGUUCUACGAAUUUCGAUUGAGCUGCAUGACAACUGAUACAGUAUUAAAAAAUUAUGCUGAUAGCUUAAAACAAUUGGUUUCAACUUCAAAUUUACAGGCUAACGAUACAGAAAAAAUGCCUAACAACCAACAUCAUCAGCAGCGUUCUUUGUAUGCUGAAGCUCAUGCAGCCGUGCAGCAUCAUAUUGCUCAACAAACGGCUCAGGUUCGGUUGAUUUCAGCUGCAUCAGUGCCGGUAUCAUCUUCUUCAAUAACUUCGCAUCAGACAUCAAAUCCAACUUUUACAUUGCCAGAUGAUGGGUUAGGUUAUGAUGAUGGGGUUCGAGUGCUACGAUCUAUCGGCACGUGGUCUCCUGAUUAUCCAACAAUAACGCGACAGAGUGGUAUGGUACCACUUUUUCCUGGCACUACUGAUUCAUCGCACAUAGGUAAUAAUCGAACUGCAGGAACAAGCAUAGUAUCAAGCUCAUCAUUGCAUCAACCUAUACGUUCCGUUAGUGGUAAUAAUUCUAUGGGAUCAAGCAAGCCUGCAUUUGUAUCCAAAGCCACUAAUACAGGCGAACCAUCAUCUAAAGCAUUUGCUUGUACUGUGUGCGGCAAAGGUUUAGCACGAAAAGACAAGCUUGUAAUUCACAUGCGCAUUCAUACUGGAGAAAAGCCUUAUUCCUGUGAAGUUUGUGGAAAAGCUUUUGCCAGACGAGAUAAAUUAGUUAUUCACAUGAAUAAAUUAAGACAUCGACCAGGAGUUACUUCUCUUCCUGCACCUUUAUUAACCAACGCUCAUAAUCAACAGCAAUCCUCUCAUCAACAAAAUCCACAGCAUAUACGUAGUAACAAUAUUUCAAGGCCAAAGGAAGAGCAACUCAAUUGGACUUGCGAACUAUGUGGGAGGGUGUUGGCUACCAGAGAGGAAUGGUCUCAGCAUGCUAGAGCAACGAAACUAUCAGAUCAGCAGUUUCACGCCAAGAACAUCGAAAAAGUGCGAAACCUCUUGAGAGACAACGAUUAUCCAUCAGCCUUCGUCAAUCGACAUGUUUUCAAAAGAAUGUGGACCCUCAAGCAUUUCAAACCUGACUCGCACACAAUCGGACCCAAUCCGACAUGCAAGGCAAUUUUAAAACUACCACACAUUGACCACUUCUACGACAAAUGUGCCAACAUGCUAAGAAAAUACAACAUCAAGGUCAUUCCGACUAAAAGCGAAUCACUCACUUCGCUCAUUACACUAGGAAAAGACAGGAUCGACAAGCUCGAAAAAACAGGAGUGGUAUACCAUUUGAAAUGCAUGAAUUGCACCAAAAGCUACGUGGGCCAAACAAAAAGGAAGCUAAAAAUUCGCAUGAACGAACACAAGAACGCAGACAGCGAGAAAUCAGCAGUCGCAGCGCAUACCGCCAAAAAAGAAGGCCACGACAUGGACUGGGCAAACGUACAAAUUUUAGACCAAGAGCCGAACUACCAACCGCGUCAUAUUUUUAUGAGCAGUCAGCAGACCAACGCAGCCGUGGGACAGAAGCUCUCGAGUUUCGGCUGCCACCACAAAGGAACUACGCAGAAAGCUAAAACAAAGGCCAAGAAAAGCUGA